AAGGCGGCUCCUCGCCCCUCGCUCCUUGCAAAGUUUCCAGCAGCAAAGUCAGCUCGGCGGUGGCGGCUGCGGGAGGAGGAAGCUUGGGGACCCUGGGCGCCGGGGCUCCUGCUCCCCGCGGCCUUCCAGCCCCUCUUCCCUGGCUCCCGGGGCCGGGCCCUGGCCGCAGAGCUUGGAGCCCCCCCAGCGCCCAGACAACUGCUGGCCCCCAGGGGACCGGGCAGCCGACAAGAUGUGGAGGGUGCCGGUCCUGCUCUUGGUUUUGGUCGGCGCGGGGCUCCGGGUGCCGGCAGCAGGAGCCAGCACAGUCCGGCCAGAUGACAUAACACCAGGUGUAGAAGACAGCGUGGUGACCCCAGGCACAGAAGACAGCAUGGUGACGCCAGGCGCAGAAGAUAACGUGGUGACUGACGGUGCCACUGAAGAGCCUAAUGAGUCUGGCUUAAUCCCUCUGGUGCCAACAAAUACAGAGAGUGUAACAGACUUACACUUAGAGGAUGGGCCGACUCAAGAAAGCACAGUCCAUGCCAAAGAAGAGAGCCAGAGCACCACAACCUUGAAUGUAGUGACUAGUCACUCCAGAGAGAAAGUAGGUGAAGACACCGAGACAACGGUUGAGAAAGAUGGCCUGGCAACAGUGACCCUGGUUGGGAUCAUAGUUGGAGUCUUACUAGCCAUUGGAUUCAUUGGUGGGAUCAUCAUUGUGGUUGCUCGAAAAAUGUCAGGAAGGUACUCGCCCUAAAGAGCUGAAGAAUUGUGCCCUUCUACCAACACCUUUAAAAGAGUUUCCGACUUCCCCGUCCCCAAGCAUGUGGGAGAAGAUGACCCAUGGAAAUGCUUGGCGAUCCCACUACCAAAUCCAUGGUGAUCCCUCCACUUACCAAAAGUAACCCAAGGAAAGACAGUUCACAAGACUUGCUCCUCUAGGCGGGCAUUUGUCUUCUGAAAAUGUUUUUAAAUAUAAAUUUUGCAAAAGAGGAUUCAAAAGACACAAUGCCUAGAAAAUGGAGCAAAACCACGUAAACUGAUUUGUAACUAAGACAAUAUAACUUAAUUGAUGUUAGAAAUUAUGCUCCCAUCUCCGUUCUGACCGUUCUCUCGUAUUGUUAAAAUGCAAUCAAGUCUGGCAAUAUUUAUACCAAUGGAGCCCUUGAGUUGAGUGCGACGUUCAUCAACAGCAGAAGCAUUUUGCAAUUUCCGAUCCGUUGAAAUGUACACAUUCCAGUCUGGCCUGCUUUUUUAAAGCCUAACUUCAUGUGAAUAAUCAAAUAGAAAAAUCUAAACUUGUAUAAUAUGUAAUGACCAACUGCCUUUCCCUGGCCCAGAUAAAUAAUUUCAAAGGCGCCUGUGUUAGGUCAUAAACAGGAAGUCUAUCGUUUGGAGAAGGGAUUUGUUUGUCGCAAUAAGGUCAUGGGGCAGGCUCUAGGCUUGCUUAUUGCCUUCUCCAGCGAUGGCUUGGUGACUCAAAGGCUUGCUCCCACCUGCCGCCUCCUCUUCCCUCAGACGAUGGGGAGCCAGAGCUCCUGGGGCAGGCUUUUUCCUUUCCAUGACCUCUAAGCCCUUCAGAUUGGCUGCUUUGUUCUGGAAUAUGGAAGUCUUGGCUCUGAUGCCAGCGAGACUGCUGGGGGCCCAAUGGUGCCCAAGGCUCAGAUGUACCAGAAACCAAGAACCAUGGUGGUCCCCACACAGAAGGAAACCCUGCGUGUGCCUCUGGCCUGAGAAAUAGAACCUGCCAGGCUCCUAACAUUUACUUUCUGCCUCAGAGGAAAGACGUAGGACAUCAUAAUAAUCCUGUAAUUUUAAGAAAGCAGGUGGAUUCAAAGACUUGAUGUAAAAAAUAAAAGAAAUGCCCAUCUUGGUGACACAUACCACACGCCCUCCAUGGGGUCAUCAUUGGAAAGGUCGUCAAAGUAGAGGACCCACCUGCCAUCUGGGGUGGGCACCACCCAUUCAGCUCAGUACAUAUCUUCCCGUAGGUCAGUUGACUUGUUUUACCCAAACACAAAGUUUUUACGCUGAGCAGAUGCUCUGUCACGGUUGUGCUUGUGCAGGUCUCUUAUCCUUGCAACUCGUAUGAAAAAGUAAACUAUCCUUUGGAAAAGCACAGCGCAUUUCUGUCUCCGCCACAGUAACAUGGGGGGUGGUAUCUUAAACAGCGAGGCCUCCCGAACCCAGUCGGGCUGGUCCCCCACCCAAGGUCCAAUUUGGAUAUCUGCUGGUUGAGAGAAGGGGCCUUAGGAGGGCUUUGUGAGCUUCCGGAGCCUUCUGUUUCAUCACUCCGAUUCCUGAACUGGAGUCGGGGACAAAGUCCUUUUUGUCUUUUGUGUCCUUGCUUUUCUCCUCUCACUGUGAACCGUAGCGUCCGCCCCAAGUCAUACACUGGACCCGCCGCCUGCUGGGACAGGACUGUGGGUUUCUUGGUCACAUCUGUGUUGGUGUUCAAUGCAGUGUGGACGUGUUUUAAAAUAAAACAGAUGAUUGCGUGUAA